AUGGAUUCCAAGUCAUUGUGGGAAGGAAUGGAGGAGUGUCAGAAGCUUGGCCUCACCAAGUCUACAGGUGUCAGCAACUUCUCAUGCAAGAAGCUAGAAAUCUUGCUUGCUACUGCAAAAAUCCGCCCUGCAGUCAACCAAAUGGAGAUGAACCCGCUGUGGCAGCAGAAAAAGCUAAUAGAGUUUUGUGAGACGAAGGGCAUAGUGAUCACAGCCUACUCUCCAUUGGGGGCAAAUGGAGCACCUUGGGGGGACAAAGAUUGUUGGAGAACAAUCAGUAUAAAACCAAAUAACAGAAUAAUAAAUAAAUUAAAAUAUGCUUUAUAUAUAUAUAAAAUCAAUACAACAGUAGAAUAA